CUGGAGGCCCGGCGGUCCCUGAACGAAGCUGUGUGCACAGAGCUGCGCUCCAGGAUCACUGCGCUCUGGGAAAGGCUGCAGAUCCCUGCAGAGGAGAGAGAGGCCUCUGCAGUGCACCUGGCUGGGUCCAGAGCCAAAACCAGGAAAGCUCUGCAGCUGGAAGUGGACCGUCUGGAGGAGAUGAAGCUGCAGAACAUGAAAUCUGUGAUUCAGGCAAUCCGGGCAGAGCUGGCCGACUACUGGGACAAAUGCUUCUACAGCCAGGAGCAGAGGGAAGGCUUCAGCCCCUAUUACGAUGAGGACUACACGGAGACCCUGCUCGAGCUCCACGAUGCUGAGGUGGAGAAGAUGAAGAGCUACUAUGAAGCGCACAAAGAUCUGUUUGAGGCUGUCCAGAAAUGGGAGGAGAACUGGAAACUGUUCCUGGAGCUGGAGAGGAAAGCAACGGACCCCAGUCGCUUCGCCAACCGCGGGGGGAACCUGCUGAAAGAAGAGAAGCAGCGAGCAAAGCUGCAGAAGACGCUUUCCAAGCUGCAGGAGGAGCUGGAGAGCAGGGUCCAGGCCUGGGAGCAGGAGCGCGAGGGGGCCUUCCUGGUGAAGGGGCAGCAGUUCAUGGAGUACGUGUCGGAGCAGUGGCAGCUCUACCGCCUGGAGAAGGAGAAGGAGAAACAGGAGCGG